CGCUCCCCGGAACGUCCACUCGGACCAGGGCGUCGCGGCGUUCUGACGCAGACCACCCGCAGACGCCCCUGCACGGUGCGGCCUCUCUAGCGGGCGGCGGAGGGCUCGUCUCGGUGUUCUUAACCCUCCCGCGGCCCGCGCCCCGCGCCGCGCUGCGUCCCCAGCGCCGAGGAGGCGGCGGCGCCGGGGCGGACGGCGGGAGCUGCUCCUGAGGAAACGCGCGAGGGUGGAACACACUGGUGAACAUGACGUGAUGUUGGGUUGGGGCUGGACGAUCCUUCUGCAAGGAGCCUCGUGUUGUUCUUAGAAGUCGGCUUGCCACAGUGGAAUGUGCCCUGCGUUGGUCCCAUGCUGAGAAUAUGAAGGGAAGGAGACCCAAGGGGGUGCCCAAGUGAGAGCCGGUCUCCUGCACUGCUGAGCUGUGCAGCCAGAGGGAGCUGCUGAGGCUCUCUGCUCCCCAGUCCUCUCCUCUGCAGGUGCGGAUGACCACACACCUUGGGAAGAAGCCAUGCCCAACCACCUGGGCUGCGGGGUGCUCCUCUGUGUCCCCAGCACCCACACACUUCCACCUGCCCUGGCCAGUGACCUGGGGUGUCUGGUGUCCUAUUCAGUGCGGCUGCCUGGGCCCCACUGUGAACCCUUGGAGGCCAGUUACCACACAGGAAAAGGCAGUCUUGCUUCUGGCCACACAACUGCCCUGCUACCUUCCAGCUGCUUGAGAUCCUCCAGCUUGACUCCCUGUCUGUUCACGGGCCGGGUGGAGCUUCCAGCUUGGACUAGACCCCCAUGGAUCCACCCCAGAAACAGAGCCCAGCGCUGGCUGCUGACGCCACCCAGACAUCCACGGCAGAGACUUCAGGGGACGGCAGCGCCACCUGUCAGCCCCCCUCCACAGAGCAGCUCGUGAGGGGCCUGGGGAAGCUGCUCCCCAGAGCCGGCCCCAGCCUCCCUGCGCCGCUCCCAGAGGGGCUGCUGCAGCAGCGGUACAGGGAGGGCAAGACCCCCCCGCAGAGGCAGUGGGACAGGCUGCCAGUCUCCCAGAGGAAGACGGCAUUCCUGGGGCACCUGAGACGCAGGCACCGUGACCACAUGGCACCUUACCCGGUCGCUAGGGAGAACAGAGUCUCUCCGUCAGGUGACAGAGCUCAGAAUCGGUUCCGCUGUGAAUGUCGGUACUGCCAGAGCAAUGAGACAAGUGUGUCUGGGCUGUGCAGGGAGAGGAGCGGGGCCUCGUGGGAGACCCUGGUGCAGGGCCUCAGUGGCUUGAGCCUCAGCCUGGGGAGCAGCCAGCCUGGCCACCUGCCCCAAGGGGCCCUCCAGCAGCAGCAGCUGAAGCAAGAGGAGAAGUGCCAGCUCGAGAGGCAUCAGGAAAGCAAGAGAAUGUUCCACAGGCUGCUGAAGCAGUGGUUGGAUGAGAAGUGAGGCUCCCGGGGCGGGCACCUGCAGGAAUCCAGGCAGGGAUGCUGUCCUGCCAGUCCUGGGUGUGGGUCCCACUGGGGGACCAAGCGAUUUGGGGCUGCCAUGGAAGGGGACCAAGACCUGUGUUUGGUCUGGAAAUCCCACGAGCAUGUGCUGAGACCUAGUCCCGGCAAAGGGCCGUGUCGGGCCUGUGUGUCAUUUGUGGACGCCCUGAGGUGUUAGUGAAGGGCACUGCGUGCCAGCAGCCCCGCCUCCUGGGUUCUGACCCCCGUGAUGCAUGUGUCAUGUUCCCGCUCGCUAUCUCUGCCCUGCCUUCUUUGUCACCCAGACAGAAGGUGUCUGGGUAGUGUGACUGCCUUGUUGAUGUGCCUGCACUGUGCCGUGUUAUCCGCUGCCUGCCAGGAGCAGCGCUAGAUCUGUUGCCGUGCAGUGUUGUGCUGAGGUGCACAUUCAAGAUCUGGAGCUAAGCAAGGUACAGGAAGGGGAAGUGUAAUUGAACUUGCUGGUCCCCCAUUGUGUGGUUGUGUGCACUUGGAUGAGCUGAAUGUGAGCAAACCUUUCCCUGCUCCUUAACCAUCGAGGAGUAUUUGCCCUCGUGGGAACUUCUGUUGGCCUGUGUCACAGUCAAUACUAAAUAAAUAGAAUGCAGCUUUCUCUGUCAA